AUGGAUUGGUCAUCUGGAACUAAAAAGGUGAAAGGUCCUAAAAUGGUUUAUGUAAGGGACAAGGACUCUGAUGAUGAUCUCAUAGAUUUUUCUUUCCCAGAUUUUGCACCAGAGACCUUUAAACCAACCUCAAACCAUUCUGAUGACCCAUUCCUUAACAUAUUAUGUGAUGAAAAUAUGCUAAGGAGGACUCUUGAUGGAAUGGGAGAUGAUGAUCAGGAACCUAGUGUUAAGAAUCCAGAACAUAAUAAUAUUGAUGAUCAAAAUGAUGGUGAAGUGGGUGUAGAGUACAUGGUUCAUGAUCUAGACAUCCAUUGGAAACAAAUAUAUCCUAUAGUGGGAGAGUGUUACAAGCCCCCUUCUCAACUCAGGGUCAGAUUAAGGGAGAACUAUGCAAACAAUCAUGUAUAUCCAAUAGCAUGGGUAGUGAUUGAUCUAGAGAACAAAGAUAAUUGGAUUUGGUUUAUUGAGAUGUUAGUUGCUAAUCUUGACCAUGAUUGUGGUAGGGGUCUUGUGGUUAUUUCCUAUUAG